AUGGCUUCAUCAUUUCUUAUUGCAGGUUCCGGAGUAAAAACUAAAUGGCAGUAUUUGAGAGACACCUAUCGUCGAGAGCUUGCAAAGACCAAUCAACUAACGGGAUCCGCAUCUGGUGGUGAUUCGAAAUGGAAGUAUUUUCAGCUGAUGGGUUUUUUGAACGACACAUAUGCAUCAAGAGUCGUGGUUGGAAAUCUGCCAAAUCCUCAACAAAGUGACGGUGAUGAUGCUUCGGUGAGUGGAGGUUCACCCAACCAGAGCAUGUCACAUAUUGACCAUGAAUUGAUGAACUCACAAUCAGGUGAACAAGAACCGGAUGAUCUACAGUUGGAAGAACAACAAACUGGUAAAUCAAGCUGUUCUUCUAUAACUCCGGGUGUGAGCCAAGUACCAAAAAAAAUUUUCAAAUCGCCCAAGAACAAAUUUCGACAGAAAAAAGAUGCUCUUAAUGAUUUAGUACAACUAGAAAAAGUAAAGGUCGCCCAUUUGCAGGAACUGAAGAAUAAAAAAGAAGAUGAGGAAAAAAAAGAUGAGGAUUACUUUUUUGUUAUGAGCCUACUUCCACAUCUACGUGCAAUACCGCUGUCUCAAAAAUUACAAAUGCGCAUAAAAUUGCAACAGGUAUUGCUUGAAUGUCAAUCUAUAAAUCAAAAUUGUACACCAUAUGAUACUAGUAUACCUGUAGCUAGUCCGCCAGACUACUCUAACUGGAGCAGUUCAGUUUCAACUAGUCCACAACAAUGUAACUGGAAUACCCGUAGCUACUCGCCUAGUGAAGUUGAACCAGUCCAACAAACAGUGAACCCAGAUCAAGAACUUCUUACUAACUUUUUGCAUUUCAAGAACGCAUGA